AUGUACGCAGCGGGAAUGACAAUAAUGGCAGUUUCUGUUGGCGAAAUUUGCGAGAAUACUAAGUUGGCUAGAGAAAUGGCAUUAAUGGGGAACUAUGAAUCUGCUCUUGUAUACUACGAAGGAACCGUUCAGAUGAUCCACAGACUCCUCAUUACUAUAGCUGACCCCACACGAAAGUCUAAGUGGCAGUUGGUCCAGAAGCAGAUGGCCAGGGAAUACGAACAACUAAAGGCGACGGUAGCAACCUUACAGAUGUUCCAGCAUGAGGGAGAAAAAGCUAUCACGCCACUAACCAGCACGUUAGAAGACCUGCCCACCCGCGACCAGAUGUGGGCACCAGCUCCUCACGAGAUAGAUCCUGAUAUCUGGCCGCCCCCGCCCGAUAGAGAUCCCGCCUGGCCAUCACCCACCAGUGUUGAACACAAAGGCCCACCGAGCAUGAAAUCAGCGAGGAAUAAUCCGAGGAAUGCGAGGACGAAUGAUAAGAAGACACCGGCGGGACGGGUGGCGACCACAUCACAUAGAAAGACCUCGGACGUUAGGAACCCCAAAAUAAACAGCAAUAAAACACACAGCGCUAAAACGAAAGAGCAGAACAAGGAUCACAGUACAAAGGACAAGCAGGAUAGGGACAAUAACAACGGAGAUACGGAUGAAGAGAAACAUAAGGAGGAUGAGAGAAGGUUCGAGCCACCAUCAGCUGCUGACGGGGACCUCGUGGAUAUGUUGGAACGUGAUAUAGUACAAAAGAAUCCCAACAUCCGAUGGGAUGACAUCGCUGACCUGGCCGAGGCCAAGAGGUUGUUAGAAGAAGCUGUGGUCCUACCUAUGUGGAUGCCUGACUUCUUUAAGGGUAUACGUCGUCCGUGGAAGGGUGUGCUGAUGGUGGGUCCUCCUGGCACAGGGAAGACGAUGCUCGCUAAAGCAGUGGCCACCGAGUGUGGAACAACAUUCUUUAAUGUGUCGAGCUCAACACUCACAUCAAAAUAUAGAGGGGAGUCUGAAAAAUUGGUGCGACUACUGUUUGAAAUGGCUCGUUUCUACGCUCCCAGUACUAUCUUCAUAGACGAGAUCGAUUCAUUGUGUUCCCGACGUGGUUCAGACAGUGAACAUGAGGCUUCAAGGCGAGUCAAGUCAGAAUUAUUGGUGCAGAUGGAUGGACUCGGCUCAGCUACGGAUGAACCAGCUAAGGUGGUAAUGGUGUUAGCUGCGACCAACUUCCCUUGGGACAUUGACGAAGCGUUACGGCGAAGGCUUGAAAAACGAAUAUACAUACCGCUGCCAACACAAGAAGGUCGAGAGGCGUUACUGCAGAUUAACCUUAGAGAGGUCAAAGUUGACCCCGAGGUCGACUUGAGACUGAUAGCAAAGAAACUUGAUGGAUAUUCCGGAGCUGAUAUUACUAAUGUCUGCAGAGAUGCCUCAAUGAUGUCGAUGAGACGAAAAAUAGCUGGUUUGAAACCGGAGCAGAUAAAACAACUUGCCAAGGAAGAACUAGAUCUGCCGGUUACGAGGCAGGAUUUCUUAGAAGCACUGUCCAAAUGCAAUAAAUCUGUGUCAAAAGGUGACAUACAGAAAUACCUGACCUGGAUGGCAGAAUUCGGAUCCUCCUGA